AUGGACUACAAAGAAAUUCAAGAUGCCACAUUCGCAGACCUAACCUUGCAAGCUCUAAUACGCCUUAUUCAUGAUAAUUCGUGGAACAACAUUCGAAGUAUGCAAUCACCUGACGUUGAUAAAGGGGAAUUAAACUUAUUCGCUAAAAUAAGAAGCGAAUUAACUGUCAAUGAUGAUGCAAGCCUAAUUCUGCGAGGAUCACGAAUUGCUCUUCCUAAAUCUCUCCGCCAUAGAGCCAUAGAAAUUGCUCACGAAGGACAUCAAGAGAUCGUCAAAACCAAACAACCUCUACGAGAGAAAAUUUGGUUUCCUAACAUCGAUAAAUCUGUCAAAGAUGUGCUUGCAAAUUGUCUACCAUGCCAAGCCAUUGGUCCGGAAAAUAGGCCUGCCCCAUUUCAUAUGAACGAAUUGCCUCCGAAGCCCUGGCAUACCGUACACAUUGAUUUCUGUGGACCGUUUCCUACCGGAGAAUAUAUUCUCGUGGUCAUCGAUGCUUACUCUAGAUUCCCAGAAGUGGACAUUGUGCAUUCCACAUCAGCCUCUGCGACAAUUGCUAAACUCGAUCGAAUUUUCGCAACACAUGGAUUGCCCCACGUUGUUAAAAGUGACAAUGGCCCACCAUUUAACAGUGCUGACAUCAAGGAUUACAUGAAAGAAAAUGGCAUACAUUUUCAACCCAUAACACCGUUGUGGCCCCAAGCCAAUUCCGAAGCUGAGAACUUUAACAAACCAAUGACUAAAGCCAUCAAAGCAGCACAAGUGGAGGGGAGAAAUUGGAAAAAAGAGCUUUAUAGAUUCGUUCUAAAUUACCGUGCCACUCCACACACAACAAAAAAAUAUCCUCCAGCACAGCUACUUUUUAAUCGCAAAAUUCGAAUAAAGUUGCCAGACACAGUGGAAAAGAGUCUAUCGCCCUUGGACGAAGAUAUUCGCAAAAACGACACACAGGCAAAGGCAACGAUGAAGCAAAAUGCGGACCGGAAAAGAGGAGCUAAGGAACGUAAAAUGAGUAUUGGCAAUCUGGUACUAAUUCGACAAAGAAAGAGAAACAAGUUAACAUCGAAAUUCGAUCCGAAGCCUUUUUGUAUAGUACGAAUAAAAGGAACGAUGAUCACAGCUUGUAGAAAUGGACAAUACGUAACAAGGAACAAUUCAUUUUUCAAGCCAAUUCAGGAAAGAAAAGAUUUGGAAUUUUAUAAUGGUGCGGAUGAUGAAAAAUCAUUAGAAAUACCUGCGACCGGAGAAGGGCAGCAAGAGUUAGUUGUAGAGCACGAGGCCAUGGAGUAA